CGUACUUUUUAUACUGAAAUGUGUUCGUACUUAGCACGCUGUAGUAUUGUUUGCGUACUGCAUCGACCAGAAUGAACAAUGAAUCUCAGCAGGAAAAUGAAAAUUUGGGGAGCAGCAGAGAGACACAGCAACUUGAUUUGUACAAUUUGAUCGGGGGAAGCUGGCCACCAGCUCCUAGGGACUUGGAGUGCCCUGAGUAUGGAUCAGUAUCUACCACUCGCAGACGCACUAUGCAGCGCCCCUCAAAUAAUGAACGAAUCAAGUCUCUGAACCUAAUUAACCAUUUAGCACCUGAUAGAAGACGGAACAGACCUUCUACAUCAUCAAAUUCACCUAACAGAGAAGUGAGGAGAAGUAAAAUGGUUCACGAGCCCAAAAAAGUCGAAACAGGCAUCUUAAUAGAUGUGUGCAGUCCCGAAGUGCCCGAAGAACUGUAUGACACGCCAGUUUUGGGUUCCCCCCGUGUGGCAGUACCUCCCAUAACGAGGUCCUCGCCCCUUCAUUUACAAGAGGAUAUUGGUGUAGGAUCCUUGGUGGAGGUUGCUACUGAUGUUGAUCAACAUUACUAUGGCGUCGUCAGGUGGAUAGGCAUUAUUGAUGACACGGCGACAGCAGGUGUUGAAUUAGAGCAGAACGUAUGUGGUCUUGGGGAUGGCACGCGAGGGGGGUGUCGACUGUUCUCUUGUGCACCAGGUCGAGCACUGUUCGUGCCGCUGCCGUUGUGCCGUCGUGACGCUCGCUUCCGCGACACCCCGCCUCCAGAUCGAGUCGAUUUGCAUGACAGUGAUCGUUCGGAUCAGCCUGACUGCCCAGUAGUGCCAGGCGUCGUGCCCCCAUUGAGUUCACUAGGUGAGCUGGCAGGCAAAAGCCGCGGUAUCCAAGGCCAUCACAAUUCUUGCUAUCUCGACGCUACGUUGUUUUCCAUGUUUACCUUCACCAGCGUUUUUGAUGCACUAUUGUACAGACCUCCGGAACCCGAGGAUUCACCUCACUAUUCAGAGGUGCAGCGAGUGCUUCGCGAAGAGAUAGUAAACCCGCUACGCAAACACGGGUAUGUGCGAGCUGACCGGGUUAUGAAGUUACGCACACUACUGGAAAGACUGUCUGAUGUUCCCGGUCUUACUUCAGAGGAAAAGGACCCAGAAGAGUUUCUAAAUGGCUUAGUAGCUCAAUUGCUCCGAGCCGAGCCAUUUUUAAAGCUGUCGUCUGGACAGGAGUCAUACUGCUACCAGCUAUUCGUGGAAAAAGACGAAGCCGUAACAUUGCCAACAGUGCAACAGUUGCUUGAGCAGUCAUUUACGACAUCAGGUGUCAAGCUGAGUGAGGUGCCAGCUGCAUUUAUAAUCCAAAUGCCUCGUUUUGGCAAACAGUACAAACUGUAUCAGCAAGUACUACCUUCUCCACUGUUAGAUGUCACUGAUCUCAUUGAAGGAUUACCGCGUCAAUGCACUGUGUGCGGAACUUUAGCCCGAUGGGAGUGCACAGAGUGUGCGGCCGGCGGCUCGCUGGAGGCCGGCGCGUUAUGUUCUGGAUGUCUCCGGCUUGCACACGCCUCACGGCCGCACCAUAAGCCCACCCCACUUACAGUAUGCGAAGAAUUCGCAAACAUCCUGGAAUCGUGCCCCGUGCCUCGAGUGUUCAUGGAGCUGUUCGCAGUGCUUUGCAUUGAGACUAGCCAUUAUGUGGCGUUCGUCAAGGCUGGAGUGGGCCACGAGGCGCCUUGGUGCUUUUUUGAUUCAAUGGCUGAUAGAAAGGGAGAACGCAAUGGUUACAAUAUCCCGGAAAUCGUCAGCUGUGAGGAACUGGGCUCGUGGUUGAGUGAAGAAGGAGGCCGGGCAUUCCACGCGUCCGCGCCUACCGACAAACAACUGCCGACACAUGCCAAACGGCUACUUGCUGACGCCUAUAUGUGUUUCUACCGUAGCCCUGACGUUGCCAUGUAUCGCUAACAGUCUUACUAUUUGUACCAUAUCAAACCCAUAAAUCCAGUUAUAUUGUUUUGUUUGUAGAAUUGACUUUUCUGCCACCGAAAGUGCACUAUACUGAUACAUUUUUAGUGCAGGGUACACUAUAUGUACUGUGAAUAACGGAGUUAGGACUCCUGCUGAUUCACCCACAUCUAUUUACUUACCAACCAACAUUUACCAGCUUUUACACAACUCUCUCCUUGAAAGACGAGGGACUUAUCAUAGUGCUUGCGACACGAGACUAUUGUCAUUAAAAAUGGAGAACGGCGUUUUUAUAGCCUUUAAUUCCAUGUUUCGAUUGCCCUUUCGGGAUCUUUAAAAGGUACAAAUGUAAUGUUACAGUUUAGAUAACACAGAGCACUUAAAAUAUCGGCGAUAAAUGUGCUCUCUGAAGUAUAUUAUAUCAAAGAAUACAUAGUACUUACGUGUUAUGUAUUUUUUAUUUUGUUGUAAUAUGUAUUAG